UGUCAGCGAACAGCUGUUCAACAGUUGGUUUGUUCAAAAAUUUUACGUAAUAAACAGUAACUAGGGAAAAUAAUUUAGUUUUUCGCUAAAUAAUGUCGUUGAUACGUCCGGCAUUCCAAACGAGCAAGUAUAUACAACCAUGGGCUUCGUUAUUGCUGAUGUCUCGGAAGAAGUCUAUUGAUACUAAAGAGGCUCCUAUCCUAGACGUCAAAACUGCCCUAGCUGAACCAAAAGAGUUGGAAGAGAGGUCCAAAUUAAUGGGUCAUAUUACGGUACCAGUCAAAGUGGAUAUCAGUCCUAUUACUGGUGUACCUGAAGAACAUGUAAAAACGCGUCGAGUGCGUAUAUAUAUACCGCCGAAAAAUGCUAUGCAAAGUGGUACGGACAAUGUAAACCAGUGGCAAAUAGAUUUCGAUAGCCGAGAACGUUGGGAGAAUCCCUUAAUGGGUUGGUGCUCCACUGGUGAUCCCUUGUCCAACAUGUAUGUUAAUUUCAAUACACCGGAAGAGGCAAUUACAUUUUGUGAAAGAAAUGGAUGGCAUUGGUUCAUCGAUGGGGAGGAAAAGCAGAAAAAAGAGCGUGUUAAAAAUUAUGGUGUUAAUUUUUCUUGGAACAGGCGUACGCGGGUAUCUACCAAGUAAAAACUUGGAAUGAAAAGUAUAUGUGCAAAAGAAGAAAUGGCAUUGUAUUAUUCUAUAAUCCGGCACAUAUAAAAUAUUCGAGACUAAUAAUGAAAUAAAUGUAUAAAACUAUUGUUAGCCGUGAAA